GAAACUUAUAAUGAAGCAGCCGAGUUCAGGGGGGUCUCCCAGUCAUGUUCUGCCGAGGAGAGCUAAUUACUUGUUUCUAAUUGCAGAUGUAUGCAGCUUGAAUAUUAUUAUUAUUAUAAACUCUCUUGUAUUGUGGAAAUAUUGGAUGAUAGUUUACAUGUAAAUUAAAUGGACGGCAAAGGUGCAUUGUUGUGAGCUCAAAAUUACACAUGAAGUGAAGCAUAUUGGUUUUGUACAAUCUCCGUCUGGCUUACAAUCCUCCUGUUCAUUUCAUCUGGCGGCCUGUAUAAAUGCAGGGAAUGUCUGGAAUGUCGAAUUGGAAGCGUUAUAAUUCUGACAUACUUAUUUACAUAUAUGUACAUUAGGUGUUUUGAGUCGUAAAUCAGAAUAAUGUACUGAUCUUUCGGUGGACUGCAGCUGUGUUUAAUUCCGGCUAAUAGCUAAUAUUGUUUUUAAGACUGCUAGCAACACCAGUUCGGCAGUUCAAUGUAGAGGAAAGUUUGAACAUUUUGCGCUUGCUUUGUUACACCUUUGAUUACGCUUAUUAACUUUGCUAUCUAGAUGUUCGAUUUGCAUUGGCUACGCUUAUAUGCAAGUCAGCCCUUAAACAUGCUGACAGUUCAAUUCUGUGGCGCGCUUAUAAAAGCAUCCAGGACAAAUUUCCAAUUCAACAGUUACUUUCAAAAUGUGGGUGAAACAGUCCGGGAACAAUUUUCCCAAUUCCGAGCAGUUGGCUAGCUUUUGGUUGCAUUUGCUAACUGAGCUGCGAUUCGGCACAGUUUUGCACUACAAGGCCGAAGAGUGCGAGUGCUCGAUUGAAAAAUUACUGAGUGGAAGCAACGUAACCGCAGCCACUUUGGUAUGGAGCGAUCUGUACUACAGGCCCUAUUUAAAGGAAAAACAGAAUGUCAAUAUUCUGGGCUUGGUGUGCUUGGCCGCCAACUCGUAUAACACCGUGCUGAACGCGCUGAGCGUUAUGCUGAACCACAUGAGGGAGGUGCCACUGCUGCUACAGCUUUGCGACAAGGAUUCGAGUCGAGUCGAACUACAGCUGCAGCUGAGCCGAGAUAUUCUUAAGAAAUGCCAGGAUUUGCUUAUUCCGAACGCGCUGCUUCUGUUCAGUGAUUUCUUUAAGACAGGCACUUUUUACGGAUAUCGGAUGUUUCCCACAUUCGGAUUACUAUCGCAGGUCUACAAUGCCACCUCGCCCCUCUAUCCCUAUAAGCUGGCCAAUCUACAGGGGCAGGUUUUAAGGACACGACCCGAUCUAUCUCAGCCGUAUGUAGUUAUGUACAAGGAUCGCAAUGGGAAUGCGGUAACUAGUGGUAUGCUCUGGCGUAUAUUGAGCCUGUUUGCAAAAAAAUUAAAUGCCACAUUGGAGCUGAGCUUGGAUCCCACUUUGAGCCAAGUCAACUCCAUAAGGAGCGGAUAUUUCAAACUUCUGGAGCAAGCGCAAAACAAUGAAAUUGACGUCACCAUCAGCAUCUAUCCGAUGACUAUGUCGUCGAGAAGCGACAUUCCAAUGUUCAGCACUCCCGUUGCCGUCAGAGGCUUAUGCACGAUGCUGCCAGUUGAGCGUAUGGUGAGUCCCCGUGCGGCCAUCCGAGGAGUGCUGGAGUCGCCCUGGAUGUGGGUCUACAUAGCCAUAAUCUACUAUUUGACACGGUGGAUACGCAAACGUCAAUUUCUGGGCAGAGCCCUCCUGAUCUUAAUCCCCUCACUGAUUCAACUCACGCUGCUCUGCACAGUGGUAGCGCAGCUUUCGGCGCUAUUUAUUCAUCCCCAACGACUUCAAUUCAUCUCCAAUUUGGACCAAUUGCAGGCAGCUGGAUUACGGAUAGUCGGAUUGCAGUCCGGAUUUAAUCAGUAUCCCGAGGAGAUGCGAAUCAAGUACGCAUCGACCUUCAUAUCAUACCAGAACAUGACCAAAUUUGUAUUGCUGCGGAAUAGUCUGAAUACCUCAUAUGGUUACACGGUCUUCGGCCUCAAGUGGCAUUUCUACGCGGAACUGCAGAGCUACUUCAAGCGACCCUUAUUUCGGUACUCCACAGAUGUUUGUAUCUUUCGACAAUCACUUAACUCGUUAUUGUUUCGAGAAAACUUUUUGCAUCGGCAUCAGCUAAAUUUGUAUAUUGUUCGCUUGCGUCAAAGCGGAAUUCUGAACUUUUACAUGAGGCACAAUUUUUACGAUUUACUGCACGCGGGCCACCACAAACUCGAGGACUUGAGUCCACAGAACGAAAUAGCACCACUGAAGUACACUGACAUAGAUUUUGUACUGCUGCUAUAUGGCUACGCAAUGGCCGCAUCAAUACUGAUAUUUGUCAUUGAGUUGCUUUCGCACUAUAUCAAUGUUUGCCUGAACACAUUGUAAAAGUUUGAGCCGAAGCAAAUAAUUAACGUAAUAUUUCUAUUUUGAAUGCUGGUGGCUUAAAUACUCUUCUGCACCUUUGUCUAAAUGUUUAUAUGUAGCUGCAAAGAUAUAAA